GAGAGGAUGGCUGCACCACAGAAAGGAGAUUUAUCAGCAUCUGAGAGGAAGAUCCUGCAAGUUAUUGCUGCUGGUGAUGUACAGGAAGCCGCCCAGCUGCUUGCAAGCAAAGAAGUACGGAUCAACUGUUUGGAUGAGCAUGGCAUGACUCCACUUAUGCAUGCAGCCUAUAAGGGCAAGGCCGACAUGUGUCGUCUGCUGCUGCAGCAUGGGGCUGAUGUCAACUGCAAUCAACAUGAAUAUGGAUACACUGCUCUCAUGUUUGCUGGCCUAUCAGGGAAGACAGACAUCACCACCAUGAUACUGGAUGCAGGAGCAGAGACAGACCUGGUGAAUUCUGUGGGUCGCACUGCUGCUCAAAUGGCAGCAUUUGUAGGCCAGCAUGACUGUGUAACAGUAAUUAACAACUUCUUCUCGCGGGCAAGGCUGGAGUACUACACCAGACCACAGGGCCUGGAGAGGGAGCCUCGGCUACCCCCCAGGCUGGCAGGACCUUUGCACAAGAUCAUCAUGACCACCAACCUCAACCCGGUCAAGAUAGUCAUGCUGGUGAAGGAGAAUCCUGUGCUGGUGGACGCUGUGGCCCUGGAGAAGUGUUACCAGGUGAUGGACCUGCUGUGUGAGCAGUGUGUGAAGCAGCAAGACAUGAAUGAGGUCAUGGCCAUGAAGAUGCAUUAUAUCAGCUGUGUGCUACAGAAGUGCCUGGCCUUUCUACAGAAACAAGAUGGCAAGCUGGACGCGCUUGUCAAGAGCCUGUUGAGGGGGAGAGAGAGUGAUGGCUUCCCACACUACCAGGAGAAGUUCAUUCGGGACUGUAUCAGGAAGUUUCCUUAUUGUGAGGCCACACUCCUUCAGCAGCUGGUGAGGAGCAUUGCACCAGUAGAGAUUGGCGACGACCCAACAGCGUUCUCAGUGUUGAACCAGGCCAUAACAGGUCAAAUGGCGUUUGUAGAUGCUGACUACUGUGCUACAUGUGGAGAGAGGGGAGCAGACAAGGGCUGCUCUCUUUGUAAAGCAGUGACUUACUGCAGCUUGAUGUGCCAAAAGUUCCAUUGGUUCACCCAUAAAAAGAUGUGCAGGGCUCUGCGGGAGCAGGAUGCCGGCCUGGAGAAAGAUGCUCCGAGGUUGAAAGAACUGAAAGAUGAUGAAAGUGACCUGGUGAUGGAGACAGCCAACUUCCUGCAGGAGCUGUGUCUGAGGGCGGAGGAGCAGGUGGCUGCUGCUGGAGGCUGCCCUGCCGAGCUCCUGGCCUGUCCCUCCACCUCUGCAGAGGGACCUUCCUGCUCCCAGGACUGAAGCAGACAACAAAUCAAGGGUCCUAAAAGAUGUUGAGUCAUCUCUUUUUGUGAAUUUUCACAAAAGUUACAUAUGGAGAGUCAUGGCUGGACAGAAACCCUGUCAGCAGGGUACAUCCUGUUUUCUAUAUUUCAUCAAGCCAUGUUUAGUUUAAAUAAUCAGUGACACAAACACUGCUCCAGGUAACUUUACACACCGGAAACUGCAAGUAGUAGAGGUAUUUUAUUCUCAAAUAAAAACUAAGAUAUCUCAUUAGUUCAUACCAGCAAAAUACCAUGUUCAGUCAGAUUAAUGCUUACUCAGUUUGUGUUGAGCCACAAUGAUCUUUGUUGCAUUUAGUGCCCCAUCUCUCUCUUCUCUCCUUUACUUUCUUUGAUCUUCACUUUCAUUGCAAUGCCAAUAAGCAAUAAAAAAAGAGGCAAGAUCUAUAUAUAAUAGCUCAAAAACUAUACUUUUGUUGUUGAGUUUUUCAAAUUCUCACUUUUAACCGAAUCUGAGCGUGUUACAUGGUUAAGGUUAGUCUAAGCAAAUGAUUGUGUUUAUGGCAAAAACAAAAAGAAACCUAUGGUUCAGGUGUGGUAAAGGUUAGGCAACAAAAACAAUCAGUUGGUUGGUGAAAGAUUGCGGUAACUAUCAAUAAAAGGGAAUGUUAAAUGAAUGUUUGCAGGUCUGUGAUGGGAUGCAGCCUUCAGUCUCUCUCAUCUACUCCCUGAACAUUACGCAUCACUAAUUUAAGAGAACAUUAUUCCCUAGAUUGGCACUGAAUGGUGGCACUGUAUGUAAUAUGUGAAGUGCAGGGUCAUCAUAAUAUGACAAUCUUCUACAGUUAAUCAAAAUAGCUGUGGGUCAUGGAAGUUAUCUUUGUUUGGUGGAAAUCUUAUGGAUCUGGCAUGUCUUGAGCAUUAGUUAGCCUUGGGGAUAGCAUUCUUCAUACUGGUGAGAAUUAAUGAUUUUGCAAUUGGUUACAGACACAUGAUAACUAUGUUAAUGAAUGUGGAGCACCACACAGACACCAGGCUGGCCUAGUCCACUCAGCUGCACCAGGCCAUUAAGAUAUAUCAUUAUCUUAGCGUUUGCACCGUAAGAAAGCCAUUUUCAGUCCAGUACAUGGACAAGUUUAUAUGGUUUCCUGAACUAAACUGUAAAACACAGUUGUGUCAUGGGGGCAGUAUAUCCUCAUGUGAAUUUAACAGUGUUUUUUGUGUGGUCUUGAAAAGGCUGUAUUUUCUGAAUCGAUUUGUAAUUUAUGUAGUUAAAUUGUAGAAUUGAAGAACAAUUAUUUCAGCUUACUUGGGUCAUCAUCUGCCUUGUAUGUUAAUAUGAAUAAAGUUUGCCUUGUCAGAGGAA